ACCUCAAUGACCUUGUAUCAUCAUCUCUGCCUACGACAUCAACUGCUAUGCGCUUGUACUUGACCACCUCCCCCCUCCCUUUCGACAACUACCCUCCCCCAGCACCCCACCCUCGUCGUACCUGCCCCUUCUCGGCGCGCUCGUUGCCGCCCUGUCAUCCUCCACCGUUUGACGACCUUCCCCCGUCGCCUUCGCGGCCUUCUCUCGGCGCUUCCUCGCCCCCCUCCCUUUUGCCAACUACCCUCCCCCAUCACCUCACCCUCGUCGUAGGCACCCAUUCCCAGCUCGCCCACGAUCGCACUGCCAUCCCUCAUCGUCGACUAACGCCCCUUGGUCGUCUCCGAGGUCCCUACCCUCGCCUUCACCACCUUCUCCUCGUGCUCCCCCAACCCCUCCUCAGCAACUGCCCUCCCCUAUCACCCAUUCCUUACAUCGCUCAUCGUCCCUAUACCAUUCCCCAUCAUCUGGUCGCCUCCCAACGUCUCCUUCGAGUCCCCUACCCUCGCCUUAGCCACCUUCUCCUCGUGCACCCCACCCCCUACUCCUCGGCAACUGCCCUCCCCCAUCACCCAUUCCUCACCGUGCUCCCUCAUUCCAGACUUGCCCACACUCGCAAUCCACUUCUCAAUCGCCGAGCCACCCUCCGUCAUCGCCUCCGAGCCCCUUCCCUUUGUCCUCACCCCCUUCUCCUUCCCUACCCCACCCUCCCCCACCUUCUCCUCCCCCUCCCUCGUUCUCUCCGAAUUUGACGACGUCGCUUAUCGUCUCGCAGAUGCUCAACAGAAAGCUCGGCCAUCGACGCGAGUCGACGGGUGUCACGGCGCUCUUCGAAGUGGAGGGGGAGGGGAGGGGGGGAGGAGGGAGGGAUGAAGUCCCUCGCACCGUUAAGGUGCGCUUCGUCGGACACUUGAGCGUCAACGCGUCCGACGCUGCUUCCUCGUACAUGAGCUGCAAAAACCCGGUCUUCCUGAGUCUCGAGCGUCGUCGGAGGGGUCAUUAGGUGAGUCGUUCGUCGUGCUGUGACUCAUGCCACCGAGAUCACGCUUUUGCCGACUCCUCGACGUUGGG